AUGAAAAGUGUUUUACAAGCAACGGACAUUUAUUCAGCCGUCCGUCCUCUGUAUGUUGUGUCAAAGAUAUUUGGCUUAGCGCCUUAUAUACUGACGCAGAAGAAGGAUUUUGAAGAAAGUAGAUCAUUCAUUGUUUGUAUAUCUGUCCUUUCUUUAAUAAUUUCGUAUGAUACGUAUGUUAUCCACAGUGAUAUUAAUUUAUUAAACUAUUAUCGGGUUUUCUUGGAAUCACUGCCUGUGUAUAUAAAUUCUAUAAUGAUUUUGCAGUUCGUGGAUUUCGUGCUGUUGUUAAGAAACAAAUAUAAAUUUCUGAAUUCUGAGCUGGAGUCUUUAUCACUCAAACAAAUAUAA